AUGGACGAAAAUACGCCAGUUGUGCCCGGGCAGUACAUUGUUUCUACAUUCAAGCCACACCAAGGAGCAGCCGGCCCCGAAAUCCACCGCUUCAUCCCAGGAAAAGGAACCACACUUUCAAAUAUCACCAAGGGCUCACAAACGGUGCCUGUGAUCUCAGCAACGGUGCUUGGAUACCCACUCAUGCAAGAAGUUGUUGGCGACGAAACACCAGCGGAAAACGCUGCUGAAAACCCAGCUGCUGCGCCCGAUACGCUUCAGCGCACGUUUCUUGUUUCGGUGGUGACAAACACAAACACUUAUGGCCGCUAUGCGGCUGAAAUCGAGCCUCAAGCAGCAGCUGCUGCUGAAGGAGCAGCCUCGAGCCUUCCGAGGGAAGGAGACGUCGUGCUAGUGCGUAUCACGCGACUCAACCCGAAACAAGCCAAUUGUGAAAUUUUGUCCGUUUGUGGCCGUGGGAAUGUCUCUUCCGAUGGUGGAAUUGGAGCAACGGGUGCUACAGCGCACUUUUCUGUUCCUAUGGGCGGCGGUGCCCAGAUUUUGCUGUCUUACGCUGCGGUUGCAUCUGCCCAAGGCACUAUGAUUGGAGCUCAGCCAUAUGAUGUUGGCGAGGCGUUCCGGGGAGUCAUUCGGAGCCAGGAUGUGCGGCAAACAGACCGUGACAAGGUCCGCAUAGCCGACUGCUUCCGUCCUGGGGAUAUAGUCCGAGCAGAGGUCUUGUCGCUUGGAGAUGGUAGUAACUACUACUUGACCACGGCUCGAAAUGACUUGGGUGUCGUCUUUGCAAAAAGUGAAGGUGGAGCAGGUGAACGCAUGGCCGCUAUUGAUUGGGAAACCAUGGUAGGAGGUGGAGUGGCGGAAAAGAGAAAGUGUGCCAAGAUGUUCUAA